AUGACCAGGUACGACACCAUCCAUGGCAAGUACGAUGGAACUGUGGAGGUUGAUGGCGACUCCCUGGUCAUCGACGGCACGAAGGUGGCCCUGUCUCACACCCGAGAUCCCGCGGAGAUUCCUUUCGGGGAGCAUGGCGCCGAUUACGUUUGCGAGUCCACUGGCGUGUUCCUGACCACCGAGAAGGUGCAGCCGCACCUGAAGGCUGGUGCCAAGAAGGUGAUCUUCUCUGCCCCUGCCAAGGAUGACUCUCACACUGUCGUCAUGGGCGUGAACGAGGACACCUACGACCCUUCCAUGGAGUGCGUCUCCUGCGCCAGCUGCACCACCAACGGCCUUGCGCCUGCUGUCCGAGUGCUGCAUGAGAAGUUCGGCAUCAAGCGUGGUCUGAUGACCACCUGCCACGCCAUGACGGCCUCCCAGCCCACCGUGGACGGCACCUCCAAGAAGGACUUCGGAAGGGCAGUUGGGGUUUAG